UUCGGUUCGGUGGGCGUCUUUUUCGGUGUCAGUGGCCUUUUUGUUGUCAGGAAGAACUUGAUUUUGAAAGGUAUAAUCGAGCACUAUGCUUUCGUCGAUUUAGCAAACUUUAUCACGAUCAACGCGUGUCAUGUUAUUUGGGGAAUCCCGUCAGCUAUUUGGCAUGUUAACGAAGCGAUUCCAUGGCUGGAUUACACGAUAUCGGGCGCCGCAUUCACGGCAAUUUCUCUUGGCUUUCCGCCAAAGGUUUGU